CUACCGUCUCUACCAUAAUUCUUCUCUAUAUAGAGAGUAUUAUAUUCUUUGCUCUCUACUCUUUGCACCGCAGAUCCAAAAUUCGGUUAAAGUUUUGUGCUCGUGAAUUAUCCUUGCUUUUGUUAACUAAAAAGUAAAAUGAAUAUCCCAUUGCUGUCAGUUAAUGAUUUGUUCAAGGAAAAUAUUUCCAUAAUUACGGCGGCUGAUAUUCCAGAAUGCGGCCGACACUCUGAUGAAGAGUCAAGGGUAAAGUUUUUCAGCCUGGAGGAAAUUAUUAAUUCUAUUGGGGAAAUGUCGACUAAAGCUCAAGGUUUAAAAAGAAUUAUUACUACCCUUGAAAAGCUUUGUUUAUCUCCGAAUCACAAACUUUACAUUUUGAAAGAUGAAAAGGGUAAUGGGGGAGAUGGUGAAGUUAUUGGAAUUCUUAAAAUAGGUGAAAAAAAAUUAUUCUUAUAUGACAGGCAAGGAAAAUUAAUGAUAUCUACACCUAUGUGUGUACUAGACUUCUUUGUACUUGACAAUAGACAAAGAAGUGGUUUUGGAAAAAAGCUGUUUGACUAUAUGCUUCAGGAUCAGAAAUUGAAGCCUUACGAACUGGCAAUAGACGGGCCGUCUCCAAAAAUGUUGGAUUUCCUAAAAAAACACUAUAACUUCACCAAAGUUAUAAAACAGUCCAACAAUUUCGCGGUAUGCGAAAAAUUUUUUGAGUCUGCAAAUAUGGGUACAAACAGACCACAAGAACCAAUCGCGGCAAUAUCUCAUACCAAUUUUAAAAAUUGGGAUAGUGAAGUGGGCUCAGUAAUACAUGGAGGCAGUUCAUCAUCAAGCAAUCUUUCACACAAAAGCAACGAGUCAGAGGCAUCAAUUUCGGAGGCGGAUGGCGAGACGUCCGAGGAGAGAUGGGAGGUUGCGGCGCCGCCUCCGGCGCCUAAGCUAGAGUCUCCUGACCCGUCAGCGGACGCCAAGAUCAGCAGCAAACCGCCUGAGCGCCCUUCCACCUUAACCUUCGAAUGCUGUAAUGUUGUCGAGACCGAGGCUACUGUCGAACUCUCGAAGACAUCUGAUUACUCCGAUAGCCAACUGACUGAUCAGGGCUAUGUAGACCUGAAAUUCCAUCAUAUAAAGCUUUGGUAACUUUGUUUAACCUUAAUAUUUAAAAUAAUACGUUGAAUCUAUUGCUAGCUGUGUGUUGCUAAAUGUUUGUUAAAUGCUUUGCCUAGGUCGCACUCGGCGAAGUUGCGUGCAACUGCACUCGAUACUAAAUGUUGCAUUUGUAUGCUGAUUGUUUUUAAUUUUAUAUUCUUGGUUAAUACUUAUAUAAUAUGUAUUU